GGAAGAACAGCUACGUUUAUCCGAAGCAAUGGCGAUGGCGGUGGCAAUGCGUUGCUCUUGCUUCCUUUCCCGCCCCAAUUCCCCGCGAUCUCCUCCCUCCGAUCACUUAUCAACCAAAAUCUUCUUUUCCGGGAAAAUGCCGCACAUUUCACUCAAUUUGGACAAUGUUGUCACAUUUUGUGGAGAGAACCUCUGCAGACCACUUGGGGUAAAGAAUUUGUUGCCGCUACUUAAAUGUCAGGUAUGAUGGUGAGUUUCCAGCUAACCGUUUUGAGUUUGGUACAAUAGAUUGUGAUACUGUUAGUGUUUCUUGUUAUGCUUUUCGGUAUAUGAAAACUUCCAAGUAUGUGCUGUGUUUUAUGUAUAAUACGGAAAUUAAAACUGCGCUAAUUUAACAAAUUGUGGUUGUGAUCUCCGGUCUCCCAAUUAUAAAAAAUGAUUUCGAACUCUGCUGAGUGAUGGAAACUAUUAGUAUUUGAAGUACAAGAACUAUGUUGGGGAACUUCAUUAUCCACUACUUUCUUUGCUAAGCAUUCCUGGGAGACCUCUCUCUCUUUGCCCAAAGGAAUGGGAAACAUUGAGACGAGACUUCCAGUUAUGGCAUUUCUUUUCACUAAUGUCUUUGCAUUUUCCAUACCAUUGAAAGCUUUGGCUGAAACAUGCGAGGCUGAAAAUUCUGGUUUCAACAUGCCAAUACUUCUUUCUGUCGCCCUUGUAGGGGCAACUGUUGGAGGGUUGCUUGCUCGGCAAAGAAGGGGAGAACUGAAGCGGUUAAAUGAACAACUUCGCCAGAUUAAUGCAGCACUAAGAAGGCAAGCAAAGAUUGAAUCUUAUGCUCCCGCCUUAAGUUAUGCUCCUGUAGGUGGAAGAAUUCCCGAAAAUGAAGUUAUUGUUGACCCAAGGAAGGAGGAGUUGAUCUCUCGGUUGAAGUCUGGAAAGAACUUUUUGAGAAAUCAAGACCCAGAAAAGGCAUUUGUGGAGUUUAAGACUGCUCUUGAGCUUGCUCAGGUUUUAAACGAUCCUAUUGAGGAGAAGAAGGCUGCAAGGGGUUUAGGGGCUUCGCUGCAGAGGCAGGGGAAGUAUCGAGAAGCAAUCAAAUACCAUUCUAUGGUUAUGGCUAUCUCUGAACGGGAAGGAGAACAAUCAGGAAACACUGAAGCUUUUGGAGCAAUUGCUGAUUGCUACACUGAACUAGGCGAUCUUGAGAAAGCUGCCUACUUUUACGACAAAUACAUAGCAAGGCUGGAAACAGACUGAUCUAUUGCAAUCACACUGCAGUUUUUAUCCUUCAUAAUGUAGCCAAGUACUAAGUUUUCGUGAAUGAUUCGUGGCUCUUCUCUGCGGAAGAUUUAGAUUUGUAUGUAGUUGUUGAGGAUAAUUGCAUGAGCACAACAUCAUUUUCUGUGUUUAUCCCAUCUCGGGUUUAAAUUAUUAUUCAAGUGGUUUCAUGGAAAGGCAUUUUUAA